GGCUUGCCGCCGGCGGAGGGCGGGGCCGCGCGGGGACGUCCCCGGGGGCUGAGCGGCGCAGCGGGGAUUUGGCCAAAGUGGGCGAGGGCACAAACUAUCCACUUACCCCUUCUCACCGAGGAAGAGCGGGAGAAAGGGUAUGGCACAGUCUCAAGGCUGGGUGAAAAGAUACUUCAAGGCCUUUUGUAAAGGCUUUUUUGUGGCAGUGCCUGUGGCGGUGACUUUCCUGGAUCGGGUUGCCUGUGUGGCAAGAGUGGAAGGGGCAUCGAUGCAGCCUUCCUUGAAUCCUGGGGGGAGCCAGUCAUCCGAUGUGGUACUUUUGAACCACUGGAAAGUGAGAAAUUUUGAAGUCCAACGUGGUGACAUUGUGUCAUUGGUGUGAGUGGGAAGAGAGGUGUAAUCCCGGAAGCCAAUCCUGCAGUAGAGCAGACGGCAGUGAUUACCCACCCAUGACCACGACUGCAACCAUGUGCACUGCAUAGCACACUAAACCCACACUGAACGGCGCACCAAUUCACCUGCCUCUGCUGGACCCCGGCGUGGCCCACUGUGACUCGCACCGCCUGACACAAGAAGCAGGGCAGUGGAGGGGAAGUGGGAGUGGAAAGAGAAAGACAUUUUUAUGGUGAAAACUUCUUUUGCAAAUUUUAUAGGAAUACGUAAUCGUGAGAACACAUUGCUAAGGCCCCUCCCGGGUCUCUGAAGGGUCUUUUCAAGCGAGGAGGCCUGAAGCUUAAGCUUCAUGAGUUCAGUGUAUGUGAAUCCAACUCUGUAAAAUGAUGCCUUUCCUGCAGUGGUGGAAACCUGCACUGUCCAGUAUGUUAGCUGCUAGGCAACAUGCGAUGGUUGAAUACUUGGAAUGGGACUAGUGCCACCAAGGAACUGAAUCUUUAAUUUUGUGCAAUUUUAAUUAUUUUAAAUUUAAAUAGGUAUAUGUGGUUAAUGGUUACUGUACUGGACAGCUCAGGUCUAGCAUCUACUUUAUUAAUAUUUUUAUGUAAAAUUAGUGCUCAAUUUAAUUCUGUUAAAGAUAUUAUGACUCAUAUCACAUUGUGCUUGCCUUAUAAUGUCAAUUAGUUGUUAAACUCUCAGUUGUGACUUAAAUUCUGUAUUACAUAGGACACAUUUAUGGUUUACUGAACAAAGUAGGCAGUUCUCAUAAUUAUGGACAAAAGUUAUGCUUGCAGAUCUAUCUAUAUUAAGCUGAAAAAGCACCUUAAAAGUGUUUGCUCUGGUUAGACUUUUUUGAUAUUCUUCCUAGAAAAUGAACCAACUAUAUUGAAAAAUCUUAAAUUUUGGGUUAAAAUUAUUGUUUUCAAACUGGGGGUUAAAACCUUUUGUAUGGGAUACUUUUAUUUUUCUCUUUGGAAAUUUAAUAAAAUGUUUCCAAAGAUUAAAGAAAAGUGGAUUAUUUGGUUGAAAGGCUUCAUAAUUUGAUUAGUACUUAGUUUAUUAAUCCUAGUGGUCUAAACCAGAUUCCAAAAUUCGGGCUACAUCUAGUCUUGCUAUGACAUGGAAUUGGACAGUAACCCAUGAAAUAAUUGGCAGAUAACCCAAUUAAAUAAUUGGCAGAAAAAAGAGUAUGCAUAUUAUUUAGUACAAUUAUGUGAACUGCCAUUAUGGUAUAUCAUUACAUAGAAUUUUCUGAAAAACUUUGCAAAUUUUAUUCACCAUAUGCCUAGCACAGGAUAGAAAUUUAAUAUUUUAUUAGUAAUGCAGUGAACAUGUGACUUUUCAAGCACCACAUAUAAAGUUUCAGUGUGUUCUUUAAUGGAAUAAUUAAUAAUUCAUGUGCUAGUGAUUGUUAUUUGCACAGUCAAGAGUUGACAGAAAUUGGGAUUAGAUGUUCUACAUGUAAUGUCAUUAAUAUUUAGACUGACUCGAUUAGCUUUUUGAAAAUUGAGGUGAAAUUCACAUAACAUAAAACUAACCAUUUAAAUCAUAUAGUUCAUUGGCAUUCACAAUGUUGUGUCACCUCUGUUUAGUUCCAAAACAUUUUCAUUAUCACCAAAGGAGUCCCCCAUGCCCAGAAUGGAUAUACCUAUUCUGAAUAUUUUAUAAAUGAAAAUACAGCAUGUGGCCUUUAACUUCUGGCUUCUUUCUCUUGACAUGUUUUCAAGGUUCAUCCAC